AUGUUCACUUUGAUGUUACUCUUCUUCCUCCUGAACAUUCUACUUCUCAUGUCCAGUCUCAUUCAUCCCAAGUGCUUUUGGAAAAUAAAACUGGGUGAAGACAAAGAUGGAGACUUGGAGACAAAUUGUGUUUUCUCCCUUGAAGCAGUGAGGCCGCCUGUGGAGAAAGAGUAUUUCAAUCAGCAGAUCCUUAAUGUCCUAACAUCAAGUAAAAACCACCAGUUUGCUUUGGCAUUGGCUUUUUCAAUGGAUGAAGUCAACAGGAACUCUGAUCUUUUACCAAAUAUGUCUCUGGUAUUAAAAUACCCAAUGGGCGGUUGUAAGGAAAUGUCGCAAUUAUAUAAUAUCUUUGAAUUGUAUGUACAAAAUAAUAAUAGCCUCCCUAAUUAUGUCUGUAAUGAAGAGACCACGUGUGCAGUGCUGAUUACAGGACCACAGUGGCAAACAUCUGUAAAUCUUUUGGCAUACCUUGGCAUCUACUUAUGUCCAAAGGUCCUUCAGAUUGCCUACGGAAAUUUCCAUCCUAUCCUAAAUGAUCAUGAGCAAUUUCCCUACCUGUAUCAGAUGGCCCCCAAAGACACAUCUCUUGCACUGGCCAUGGUCGCCUUCAUGUGUCACUUCAGCUGGAACUGGGUUGGACUUGUCAUCUCAGACAAUGAUAAGGGUACCUCAUUUCUCUCAUAUUUGAGAAGACAGAUGGAAAAAAAUAAAGUCUGCUUUGCCUUUGUAUACAUGAUACCAGAAUAUGACCAUUUAUAUGAGUCAAGAGCUGAAGUGUAUUACAACCAAAUUAUGGCAUCAUCCACAAGUGUUGUUAUCAUUUAUGGUGACUCAAAUAAUGUUCUAGCUUUGAGCUUUAAAAUUUGGAAAUCUCUAGGUAUACAGAAACUAUGGGUCACCACGUCAGAGUGGGAUGUCACUACCAGUAAGACAUUACUUCAUGACUCAUUGCAUGGGACUCUUGCAUUUGUACACCACCAUGGUGACAUUUCUGGUUUCAAAAAUUUUGUCCAGACAUUGAAUCCUCUCAAAAACUCAAGUGACUAUCUGUUAAGACUUGGGUGGAUGGACUUUAACUGCGAAGCCUCAGCAUCUUACUGCAAGACACUGGAGAACUGCUCGUCCAAUGCCUCAUUGGAAUGGCUAAGGGAACAGAAUUUUGAUGUGGCCUUUAGUGAUGGUAGCUAUGAUAUAUAUAAUGCUGUAUAUGCUAUGGCCCAUGCACUUCAUGAGAUGAUUCUUCAACAAGUAGAUAAUCAGGCCAUGGACAAUGGAAAAGGACCCAACUUUGACUGCUUGAAGCUAAACUCCUUUCUGAGGAGGAUUCACUUCACUAAUCCUAUUGGAGACACAGUGAAUAUGAACCUGAGAGAAAAACUUCAGAGAGAUUAUGACAUUUUUCAAAUUCGGAAUUUCUCACAUGGCCUUGAAUUUAAGGUGAAGAUUGCAAAGUUCAGCUCAUAUUUUCCACAUGGUCAACAGCUUCACUUACAUGUAGAUAUGAUAGAAUGGGCCACAGGAAAAAGAAAG